CCAGAUGUCUUCUUUGCCAGUGCCAAUCGCUGGCAGCACCCUCACAUACUUGAUGUUGGACGUUCUUAUCGAGAAGCAUGGGGAAUGCACCCAUCCGUAUUCUUUCUUGCCUGACCUGCUGCAGCCUCUUGCCCUCAGGAAUCUGAAACUUGUUAACUUUGUCCCUACACCUGAACUUGCAACUGCCACACCCACGACACUUGAUCUGACGUUCUAUGGUCACCCGAACUGGACCGCAAUUGCUCAUAUACCUCUGCUUAUCCCCGCCCAGCUACUUACGAUACGCUUACUCACCAGCUACACCACUAGUCAGAUGCUUCUGCCAGACCCCGUUGAGCUUCCGCUUCUCGAAACACUCAUACUCGCGCUCGACAACUAGUAUUCAGUUAUGUUAAGACCGAAGGCAUCGACAUUACCAUUUGCUAGGAUAUAUUUCAGGACAGGACUUUUCAUUGCAG